AUGUCCGAAUUUACAAUAGACGAUAAGAAACUAAUGGCUGCCUACGAUGCGGGUGGGGAAGUAUGGUUAAGAGGAGCAGAUGUUGUAGAGAUAUUAAAAUCCACAAAACGCGACAGUGAAGAAUUACAUGAGUGGAUAUCAGAUCAUGUAUUACCUUAUACAGAGAAGUCCAAUGAUUCAUCACUGUACACAUCCGAUCUGGUUUUGAAACUCAAGGAAGAAGUUGAAAAGAAAAACGAAGAAAUAAUGCUAAAUCACAAGAAAAUAUCUAAAUUGCAACGAAGUCUGUCCUUGCUCCAAAUGCAAUUGUUUCAAAUUGAACCCAAGUCCUCAGAGACACACAUUCCUAAAAAGGAAAAUUGUUAUCUGUUCUUUCUGAUUAAAAAGAAUUUGGAAAAGAUAGAAAAUGACAUGGACUACUUUCCGUACUAUGCUCUGAGAACUAAGGAAAGAUUUGCACAAGAAAGUCUAGAUCGCUUAAAGUCCAAAUACCCUUUAAGCGAAGUGAUAUAUCGAGUAGAAGAUCCACCUGAAGUAGACCUUUUUAAUCGUCUCACAGAACUGGAGGAUGUAAAGUCUUGUGAAAAUCAUCUUGAGAGCAACUUGAAUGAUGAAGAGCUGAUCUCGCUAUUUGAAAAAUUAAAAUUUUUAAAAUAA